AACACAAACAAGAUGGCGACCAAGAUUUAACAGAGGAAAUAUUUUUAAUCGGGUAAACAACAGUAAUGUGCAUGUUUAUUCUGAUACCGUUUUGAUAUCUCUCUUACGUUACACUCAUUUUACACUGCUGAUGUUAGUUAACAAUGUUUACACGUUUAUGUCCAGGGCCUUUGUUUCCUACUCGGUUUGUUUUGUUGUCAGUUACUGUUAGUUGAGGAAAGCUGAACUCCCUUCUCUUAUAUCCUUAUCUGACCGGCUGGGUGUUGAUCAUGUGCUGCUGUUAAAGCUCAUCCACAGAUAUCAGGGUGGUAAACUCAGAAUCAACAUCUGUCUGUCUUCGGGAGAGAGAUCUAAACUGCCAUCCUGGAAGUCGUCCACCGCCCUGUCCCUCUGCCAUUCGACUGGACUGUUGUGAAGACUUCCUCUACCAUCAUGUCUACCGCUGCAGUAGCAGACAGAGGUUCCGUCCGUCCAGUCAGGGGCCCCGGCGACGGCAUGGAGACAGACAAGCCCCCAGUCGCUAAGGAGAUCGGUGCCGUGGAUACGCCUCUGUCUUCGGUGCCACUACUUAAGGUAGCUUGUCCCAAACAAAGCCCCAAGAAGACACACCCUGCCCCCGCCAGCCUCCAGCACAGCCCCCACUCCACCCCGCAGCAGAGCCCCAGAGCCAGUCCCAGAGCCACCCCGUCUGCCCCCCAGCCCCCCGGGGUGCUCCACCUGGGGAAGGUUCCCCGGGAGGCCUGCACGGUGGUGGAGGCGGUGAGGAUCGUUGUUCCCCGUGCCGCCAUCAGCCGGAGUGGGGGUCAUGUGGGCCCGGCUGAGGAGAAAGGAGAGGCCUGGGCUGGGCAGCAGAUGGAGGAGCGGCCCCCCCCUCCUCUGGAGGACCUGAGAGGAGUCAUGGAGAAGCUGCAGAACUCAGAGAGACGACUGCUGCAGGACAAGGAGGGGCUCCUCAACCAGCUCCACGUGCAGACUGAGGUGAACAGAGAGUUGAAGAAGCUGCUGGUAGCCUCUGUAGGUGAUGACCUGCAGUACCAUUUUGAGCGUCUGGCCAGAGAGAAGAACCAGCUGAUCUUAGAGAACGAGGCUCUGGGUCGCAGCCGGGCCUCCACAGCAGAACAGCUGGAACGCAUGUCUAUACAAUGUGAUGUCUGGAGGAGCAAGUUCCUAGCGUCCAGAGUGAUGGCGGAGGAGCUGACCAAUGCCAGGGUUUCUCUCCAGCACCAGACCAGAGAGGCUCAGAGCGCCAUCACAGACCUGCUGAGUGAGAGAGACGAGUUCUCUAGAGACAUGAUGCUAACCCACAGGUCUCUGGAGCAGCUGCUGGUCUCACAGUGGGGUCUAAUCCAGACCUACUACCCCAGUGGCCAGCCACUCAGCACGGGAGAACUAGCCCUGGCCAAUCACAAGCUGGCGGACGGCCUCUGGGGAAGCUCCCCCACACCUCACACUGGCCUGCUGAAGAUGGCUGAGAAGGUGUUGAAGAUCCUGGACCCGAUUUCCUGUUCAGACAACGAGGAAGAGCCCUCCCCCCUCUCUAUCUCCGACUCCUCCCCCUCGGCCUUCCUGACCAAUAAGAAGAGCAUCGGCCGGUUCCACCCUUACACUCGCUAUGAGAACAUCACCUUCAACUGCUGCGAGCGCUGCAGCGGAGACAUCCUGGUCCUCUAGGGGUCAGAGGGCAGGGGUCGUGACCUUUAACCUGGACAGGUCGACGCAGGCCGCUGUGAGGAACACCAGUCGACUCUCACUCCGUCGAACCGUCUGGUUUCACAGCGGCCUCAGAGCGGGACUUGACUGGAAGCACGGCAGAAGCUGACGAAACAACCGCUGAUUUUAAUUGGCUGAUCUCUCUCAGUCCGUCACCGUCUCAUAACUCUUAGAACCUUCCACGACAUUGUGGGCUUCAGAACGUGAGCAGAGCAAGUGAUUUAAACAAGGAAGUGAGUUCGGAGAAUCUGAAAGUGUUCCAUCUUAGAAUCAAUGGGGCUUCCCAAAAAUAAUAUGGUCAAAGUCGGACCACGGACGGCCGAGUGUCUGUGGGUUUCUGGUCCUUCCUUGUACUUGACUGGUGAAUUGAGGUUACUGAUUAGUAAGCAACUACCUUCACCUGGUUGUCUAGGUUACUAAUUAGUAAGCAACUCCCUUCACCUGGUUGUCUAGUUUACUAAUUAGUAAGGAACUCUCCUCACCUGGUUGUCUAGGUUACUAAUUAGUAAGCAACUCCCUUCACCUGGUUGUCUAGGUUACUAAUUAGUAAGCAACUCCCUUCACCUGGUUGUCUAGUUUACUAAUUAGUAAGGAACUCUCCUCACCUGGUUGUCUAGGUUACAGAUUAGUAAGCAACUACCUUCACCUGGUUGUCUAGGUUACUAAUUAGUAAGCAACUCCCUUCACCUGGUUGUCUAGGUUACUAAUUAGUAAGCAACUCCCUUCACCUGGUUGUCUAGUUUACUAAUUAGUAAGCAACUACCUUCACCUGGUUGUCUAGGUUACUAAUUAGUAAGCAACUCCCUUCACCUGGUUGUCUAGGUUACUAAUUAGUAAGCAACUCCCUUCACCUGGUUGUCUAGGUUACUAAU